AUGGCAAAUGUAGUGGGGACGUCUGGGCAAUGUCAGGAUGAUAGUAAACAGAGUAAUCUCUUAUGUGAAACAUGUGAGAAUAAAAGUAGGAAAAAUCGUGAUGAUUUGACGUUAAUUGGGGGUGUGAAAGCCAUUGUUAAUAAUGAUAAUAAAUUUCAUGACAGAAAAAAUGACGAACCAACAAAAGUUUCAAGUGAAAGUAAAUUAAACAAAAAGGUUAAAAAACAUGAUACAAAAACAAAAAGUACACCAAACAAUAAUAAAUUGAAAGUCAGCACAGUUAUUCAAAAUUCUGCGCUAUUUACUCAAAACCAAAGCUUCGUAAAGAAUAGUCAUUUAGUUAGUAAGCCUAAUAUUAGUAAUAGUAGUGUUGGCCGCGGACGUGGAAGGUUGCUUGCAUUGUUACACAGUAAAGCAAACGUUGGUAACAAUUUAGUUACGGGUGAUUCUGCACAAUUUACUGAUAAUAAUAAUCUCAGUCAAUUAAAUAGUAGCUCUACGAUUAACUCUGAAACUAGGAAUAACUUGAAUACAAUCAAAGAUGCUAACAGUAUCACUAACUCGGAAAAUGAACUAAUUACUAAUAUAAGAGCUGCAUCGCAAAGGGAUGAGGCUAAUAUUAGUAAUGGUAGUGUUGGCCGCGGACGUGGAAGGUUGCUUGCAUUGUUACACAGUGAAACAAAAGUUGGUAACAAUUUAGUUACGGGUGAUUCUGCACAAUUUACUAAUAAUAAUAAUCUUAGUCAAUUAAGUAGUAGCUCUACGAUUAACUCUGAAACUAAGAAUAACUUGAAUACAAUCAAAGAUGCUAACAGUAUCACUAACUCGGAAAAUGAACUAAUUACUAAUAUAAGAGCUGCAUCGCAAAGGGAUGAGGCUAAUAUUAGUAAUGGUAGUGUUGGCCGCGGACGUGGAAGGUUGCUUGCAUUGUUACACAGUGAAACAAAAGUUGGUAACAAUUUAGUUACGGGUGAUUCUGCACAAUUUACUAAUAAUAAUAAUCUUAGUCAAUUAAGUAGUAGCUCUACGAUUAACUCUGAAACUAAGAAUAACUUGAAUACAAUCAAAGAUGCUAACAGUAUCACUAACUCGGAAAAUGAACUAAUUACUAAUAUAAGAGCUGCAUCGCAAAGGGAUGAGGCUAAUAUUAGUAAUGGUAGUGUUGGCCGCGGACGUGGAAGGUUGCUUGCAUUGUUACACAGUGAAACAAAAGUUGAUGCUAACAGUAUCACUAAAACGGAAAAUGAACUAAUUACUAAUAUAAGAGCUGCAUCGCAAAGGGAUGAGGCUAAUAUGAGUAAUAGUAGUGUUGGCCGCGGACGUGGAAAACUAAUUACUAAUAUAAGAGCUGCAUCGCAAAGGGAUGAGGCUAAUAUUAGUAAUAGUAGUCUUGGCCGCGGACGCGGAAGGUUGCUUGCAUUUUUACACAGUGAAACAAAAGUUGGUAACAAUUUAGUUACGGGUGAUUCUGCACAAUUUACUAAUAAUAAUAAUCUUAGUCAAUUAAGUAGUAGCUCUACGAUCAACUCUGAAACUAAGAAUAACUUAAAUAAAAUCAAAGAUACUAACAGUAUCACUAAAACGGAAAAUGAAUUAAUUACUAAUAUAAGAGCUGCAUCGCAAAGGGUUGAGGCUAAUAUUAGUAACAGUAGUGUUGGCCGCGGACGUGGAAAUCUAAUUACUAAUAUAAGAGCUGCAUCGCAAAGGGAUGAGGCUGAUAUUAGUAAUAGUAGUGUUGGCCGCGGACGUGGAAAACUAAUUACUAAUAUAAGAGCUGCAUCGCAAAGGGAUGAGGCUAAUAUUAGUAAUAGUAGUGUUGACCGUGGACGUUGA